AUGCCAUCAUUUGCCCCCGAUGCCAGUGUAGCAAUCCUGGCAAUCGUCCGGCCGGCGGACCGCCCUCUCGAGCACUACAUUAUGGUCACUUAUCCACAGCUUGCUAUCCCAGCCGGGACGUUAGAUCCCCACCUCAAUAUCCGCCUCACUGCGCAAGAGAUCCACGAGGACAUCGGUCCUAUACCUAGGGCCGAUGAACUAGUGGACAUGAGCGGGCUGGUGGACCAGAAGGGUGGCGAUGAGACUCGUUUUGUCUUAUGGGAUAGAGUACUGGACAGAUCGGACAUCGAGGACAUGAAAGUUACAAUGGCGGAGGAAGGGGCUGUGGUGAGGUUGUUAGACCCCCACAGCUUCACCGAGAAAGCAAAAAGAGACAGCAAGUCCCAAGCAGCAUGGGACUCGUACCAAUACCUGAGGAAGACGCACCGGGACGUCCUGCCGGAGGUGAGGCGGUACCGUCGAAGCUGA